AUGGGAAAAGCCCCCUCCCCCAGAGUACCUAGCAGCAGUGAGCCCAGGCGGACGCGCGCCGGCAGAUCAGGGCUGCAGGCCAGAGGCGACGCUGAUGCUCCCUACGGAGCACCUACAUGGACGGUACAUGCCAUGCCAACUGUCUAUGGAUGGUUACGGAAGGGAACAUCGACUCCAGUACCUGCGUGCUUAUCAGAGACACUAGACUCUGGAGGUAGUGUUCAACAGUCGGAACACCACACAGAAGCCGCCAGUGGUGCUCACCAUCGUGUGCUACUAAGGCCAAAUGCUGAUGCUAAUGCUAAUGCCAACGCCAAUGCCAAUAAUGCCAGAGCCUGUACCUGUGCCUCCACUCCGCCAGUCCAAUGCCUCCAGCGUCCAGACGUCGCCCAACCUCUCCGAGCAGCUGAGCGGCUGGUUGCUGGCUUCUUCUGGCUGUUGGCCGCUGCCGUUGGACGCUGCAUCACACUCUGGCGUACUACCGCGACAGCGUCCCCAUCCCUGCUCUGCCGCACCAUUGUGCACACGCCCGUUCUGCCCCCCCUCGGCUCAGGACUCGAACUCGACUCAGGUGGACAGAGUACAGAGUACAGAGUACAUAGUACGAACUACCGUAUCGCGGCCGCCGAUGUCCCCAACACGAUCUCAGAUCCGUCCGAGUUUAGUGCUGCUGUCAGGAGCCCAGAAGCUGUAUGCUUUCCUCGUCUGUCCCCAGCCACCGGUCACCGCCUCGGAAACGAUCAGGCUGAGACUUCCAUUGGUUUAAUCGCCGUCACCUAG